UCCGAACGUGUGAGAAGGCUUCACUUGUCAGUCAGACUUUGAACUGUGCACUGGCGCUCAUCACUGCUUAUCUCUGACCGCUGCUUGUCAUCAAAGACGCUGGCCACUGACACUUAAAAUCGACGAGCUCAGAUGUAAAGAUUAGGGUGAACAGUUGCUAAGAGAGAGAGGGAGAAAGCGAGAGAGGAAAGAAAGGGAAACCCGGAGAGCAUCACUAAGCAGAGCGGGGAUUAAACGUUUGCUACGCCGUUUAACGUUCACGUUACUCGGGAGUUGAGAUGGUCCAGACCAGGGAUGUUUUUUUAGCCUUGCUUCUUGUGGGCUGUACAGUUUCACUGGAGGUCCAGAUCACACCUGUGCAUGGUGAGAUUAGCCUUGGAGAGUCCAAAUUCUUCAUGUGUGAUGUUGUAGGCGUUGCCAAACAUGUGGACUGGUAUGGCCCAAGUGGGGAGCGGAUAGACCCGAAUAGACCAGACUUGACUGUAACCCGCAACGAUGAGUCAUCUUCCACCCUCACAUUUUAUGAAGCUAAGACUGAUAGUGCCGGGACGUAUAAGUGUGUCGCUACCAAUGGAGACCAGCAAGCAGAGGCAACCAUUAAAGUGAAAAUCUUCCAAAGAAUAACCUUCACAAACGCAUCGUCUCCUCAAGAGUUUACAGAAGGCGACAACGCAAACAUCGUCUGUGACGUCACCAGCUCACCUCCACCCACUGUUUUUUGGAAAUAUAAAGGAGCCAAAAUACAGAUGGAAAAAGAUGUUCGUUUCAAGGUACUUAGUAACAAUCACCUUCAAAUCCGUGGCAUAAAGAAGACCGAUGAGGGCGUGUACAUGUGUGAGGCUCGCCUCAUGGCCCGCGGCGAGAUUGAUCUGCGUCCCAUCAGUGUUGUGGUGAAUGUGCUCCCAACCAUCAGAAUAUGGCAGUCAGAAGUAAAUGCCACUGCAGACAUUGCACAGCCUGCCACUCUGACCUGUGCAGUUGAUGGCUAUCCUGAACCAAUGGUGACUUGGAUAAGGAACGGAGUUGAACUCAGAGAUGAAGAGAAGUACACUUUUAAUGAAGAUGGCUCAGAAAUGACUAUAAUGGAUGUUACCAAACUGGAUGAAGGAGAGUACACGUGCAUCGCCAAGAACAAGGCUGGGGAGAGUGAGAAGGAACUCAGUCUGAAAGUGUUUGUUAAACCCAAGAUUACAUACAUCGUGAACCGGACUGCAUCAGAGAUGGAGGAGCAGGUAACUGUCACAUGCGAAGCAUCUGGAGAUCCAACUCCAACCAUCAGCUGGAGCUACGGUGAGCAAGUCUUCGCUGAGGGAGACCAGGCACAUCUAAACAGGAUCUAUCAGGCAUCAUGGACUCGGCCUGAGCAACACAAGAGCCCAGAUGGGAAUGUAGUAGUAAGGAGUGAUGCUCGUGUGUCCUCCCUCACUCUGAAGUAUGUCAAGUAUACAGAUGCUGGUCAGUAUCUCUGCACAGCACGCAGUGCCAUUGGAGAGGAUGAACAAACUGCUUAUCUGGAGGUUCGCUAUACGCCUAAGAUCCAUGGAACAGUUGCAGUUUACACCUGGGAGGGAAAUCCAGUCAACAUCAGCUGUGAGGUCAAGGCUUUUCCCACCGAUGUGUCAAUUGUUUGGCUGAGAGAUGGACUGCAGCUUCCAAACUCAAACACCACCAACGUCAAGAUCUUCAGAACUCCUUUAUCCAGCUACCUACAGAUUACACCCGAGUCUGAAAAUGAUUUUGGAAGCUAUAACUGCACUGCCUCAAAUGAGAUGGGCACCGAAUCCAAAGAGUUCCUGCUUAUUCAGGCUGAGGUUCCAUCAGCUUUAGUCAUCAAUGAGGUGAGGCCUUUCUCCACCACUGUUCUGAUCCAGUUUGGAGAGCCUGAAUCUACUGGAGGUGUUCCUGUUCUGAAGUACAGAGCUGAGUGGAGAAUGCAGGGCAGGGGUGGCUGGAUGCAGAAAGUCUAUGAGGUCCAAGAUGACUUCAUCAAUGAAGUGACAAUCACGGGCCUGAAGCCAGAGAGCCGCUAUGAGGUGAAGCUAUCAGCCAUUAAUGGCAAGGGUGAAGGAGAAAGCAGCCACACCGAGUCCUUCAAGACGGAGCCCGUUCCCCCCAUUAACAAAAACGACCUUUUUCAUUUUUUCACUGACAGCACAGAAGGAAAUCCUAAUCCUCCUAAACUUGACGGGUCACUGCAGACUAAAGGCAACUCCCUCAAAAUUGGCUGGGUUAAGCAGGAUGAUGGCGGAUCUCCCAUCCUGCAUUAUCUUGUCCGCUACAAACCAAUCCAAGCGUCAGAGUGGAAGCCCGAAAUCCGGAUGCCCAGUGGCAGCGAUUACGUGGUUCUGCGUGGAUUAGAGUGGGAUACAGAGUAUGAUGUGUAUGUGGUGGCUGAGAACCAGAAGGGGAAGUCCCUACCUGCAACCAUGUCCUUCAGGACAUCUGCAGAGCCAGAGGCUAUCCCAGAUUUAGGUGAUGAAGGACCGUUCUCCAUGAACAUCAUGCUCUGGGCAGGGAUCCUUGUUGUAGUGUUUAUACUCCUGCUGCUAGCAGUGGAUGUCACUUGUUACUUUGUCAACAAAUGUGGCCUUAUCAUGUGCCUGUGUGGAAAAUCAGGCACAGGCACUAAAGGGCACACUUUGGAGGAGGGCAAAGCUGCUUUCGUGAAAGAUGAGUCCAAAGAGCCCAUAGUGGAAGUCAGAACAGAGGACGAGUGCACAGCCAAUCACAAUGCAGCUGGACCAAUGGAGCCCAAUGAAACUACACCUCUCACAAAGCCAGACUCUGGAGAUUUUCUGUCUCAUUACAUGAAGGUUGAAGCAAUACCAGUAAAAGACACAAAAGGCUUUGUUCCUUCAAAGUGUGGUCAGUUCAUGAAGCCAUUUGAUAGCCUCAGCAAGCCAUCCCAUCCAAAGCUGGUGGCUUCUCUGGCACUGGACACCCCCUCCUCCGUAGCCACCAACUCUGACACAGCCACCGCAACAGUUGAUGCUGCUCAGGAAAGUCCCUCUAGCGAGACCACCACACUCACUUGCAGCCUGUCCACCCUGGCCAACGAGCCCUCGCCCAGUCCUCUCACUGCUCCAGCCCCAACCCCUGAGUCGAACACUGCCCCACCGACCCCCAUCAUCUCCUCGACUGCUGUUGAAGCUAAAAUGGGGUCGUUGCUUGAAGAGAGGGGGAGUAAGACCCCGGAAGAGCCUGAAAAGACUAACAAUCCUCCUCCUACCCCUGAACAGUAUAGACCUCAAAAAUCUGGAACACCGAUACCGCCAAAGCGCAGACACUCUCCUAAACUCGCUGCUCUGAAUGCUAAAAAUAGUCCACCAGUUUCCCCUCUCGCUGUGUUUUCUCCCUCCACUCCAGACACCAAGAAGCCUGCGCCAAGUCCACCGGUCACAAAGCCCACUCCACAGCCAAACACUGUAGACUUAAACAAAGACACUCCAGCGAAUACUGCUUCCACUACAGCAAACACUGCCCUUCGAAAACCAGACCCAGAAUCUAAUCUUGGUGUUAGAGACUCCACUGCAUACAGCUUUACUGCCUUUGAUACAGAUAAACCUACUGAUAAUAACAUCCCUACAACAAAGCCUGCUCCGAGUACCACUCCUUCAGAUAUUCCCAAUUCUGUUGAAGAUCCACACACUGAAAAUCCUGCGUCUCUCUUGGCAGACGUCCCCUCGCCUUUACCCAUUACUCCGAUUGCUUCAGCAGCUCCGAACAAUCUCCUCACACCAGGGUCCAACCUGUACGACUUAACAGCUCCAGGCAAAGGGCACAAAAACACAGAUUUAGAGUUAGAGCUGAGAAACGGCACAGGAAGACCUUGUCGGCCCCUCUCAGACCUGAUUAGCUUAGAGAGCCCAUCCGCUGCCCCCUCUCUGCCCAGUGGACAUGAAGCAGGCUUCCCUCCCUCAGGCCCAGUUCUGGAGGCUUCAGAGACUCUCAAGACCGCUCCUCCUGUCAACGAUGAGAAGAUAUUUGCUGAUGAGAAAAGCAAACUGGAGGAGGGAGACCUACCAAACACCCUGAUCACUUCAGCACACAACAGUGUCAUACAGACAAACACAACAGAGAGCAAAGUAUGAUGGGCCACUAGGAAAAACAAACCCCACCCAGUCAUACUUCUCAGCAGCAGCAGUACUUUUACUGUCCUUAAACGCAUUUAAUACCACAAACCUCCAUUGAUUGGUUAGAGCGCACUUGGACCACUUUCGUUUAUUAAAUGCUUACCACACCCACAGAAUUUAUCUUUAGAUCAUAAGAGAUUUAUUUAUUUUCAUUUUAUUUAACCAGUCCGGACACAGUCCGGUACAACUUCUGCUUUAGAAGGACCGCCUCGUGAAUAUGUGAAACUUUAAACGUGCGUAGUGUUAACUAAGCACUGGUACUGGAUUAUUAUGAGAAAUGUAAAUGUAUGAAAAAAGGAAUAUAUAUAGAAAUUAUUUUUCUUAGUUUAUUGUUUUAUUGUGCAAAUUUAAAACAGUUUUUUUUUUUUUUAUUAGAGUUUUUGUGGGCUAGUCUCUAAGUAGCUUGUUCUGCAUGUCUGACCUGCAAGUGGUUGUAAAGUUUCACUGUGUCUGAUACGGGAUUUUUAAUGCUGGCAUCGAUUAAACAAAGGCCCAACUUCAGUGUUUAGAUCACAGCCAUGCAGUGCCUUGUAUUCAAGUAUUCCUACCCCUGGACGUUUUCACAUUUUGUCAAGUCACAGCCACAAAUAAAUAUUUUUUAUCGGGAUUGUUUGUGUGAGACCAACACAAAGUAACACAUGGUUUUGAGGUGGAAGAGAAUUGGUACAUAGCUUUAAAAUUUUAUUUUUUAGAAGUCUAAAUCUGCAUGGCAUUCGUUUGUACUCAGCCUCCCUUGGUUAAUACUUUGUAAAACCAUCUUUCACUGCAAUUAAAACAGCAAUUAUUUUGCAGUAUGGCUCCACCAUUUUUACACAUCUAGACUACAUUUGUUUGUCCAUUGUUCAUUGCAAAAUAGCUCAAGCUCAGUCAAAUUAGAUGGAGAGCAUCUGUGAACAUCAGUUUCAAGUCAUUUAUUCUCGGUCAGAUUUAUGUCCAGGUCAUUCUAAAAUAGAAAUAUGAUUUGACAUUCCAUUGUAGCUCUGAUUGUAUGUUUGUCCAGCUAGAAGAUGAGCCUCUGCUCAGGUAUUGAGUCUUUUGUAGUAUUUUUCAUUCACACUGCAUGAUGCUGCCACCACUGUGUUUCACAGUGGGUACGGUGUGUUCAGGAUUUUUUCACCACACGUUUUGCAUGCAGAGUAAAAGUUAAACAUGGAUCAUUUUGACUAGAGCACCUACUUUCACAUGUUUGUAUGUGUCCCAAACAUGGCUUUAGCAAUUCAAUUGUAGAUUGCACAACCAAAAGUUGUACUGUGAACAGAUUUUGCCAACUGAGUUUGUGGAUAUCUGACAGUCCUCCAUCGUUACAAUGGGUCUUAUUGCUGCUCCUCAGAUAACUGCUCUCCAGGCCUGGCGUGUAAGUUUAGGUGAGCGGCCAAAUCUUGGUUGGUUUGCAGGUGUGAUAUGCUCGUUCCAUUUUAGAGGAUAGAUUGAAUUGAGCUCUGUGGGUUGUUCAAAGCCUGAGAUAUUGUUUUAUAACCUAACUCUGCUUUAAACCUCUCCACAAUUUAAUCCCCGACCUGUCUGCUGUGCUCCUUGGUCUUUGAGAUGCUGUUUGUUUACUAAUGUUCUGUAACAAACCUCUGAGGCUAUCAUAGAACAAACAGAUUCAUCCUAAGUUUAAACUGAGCUAAUUAGGUAUCUUCUGAAUCUAAUCGGUUCCACUGAAUUUAAUUUGGGGCUGAAAACAAAUGCACACCAAACAUUUUCAGAAUUUUAUUAGUAAAAACAUUUUUAAAGCCAUCUUUUACCUUCCACUUUUCAUAAUUAUGCAGAGGUUUGUGUCACAAAAAUCCCGAUAAAAUAUAUGAAGGUUUGUGGUUUUGUUACAAACUGUGAAAACCUUUAAGGGGUAUAAACACUUUGCGAGGUACAUGAUUUGUUUUGGUUAAAAAAAAAAAAAAACUGCAGCUGCUGGUUAGAUUAAUUUCUAUGAUAUAUCGUGUGCAUGAUCAGAUCAGAUCUGGACCAAUUUGUCAAAUUUAUUCUGUCACUGCCUUCUUAUAGUGCUGUUAAAUAUUCAAAAUACCAUGCAUUAAUGAAAAAGAUUUUAAAAAAAUGCCAGCAGAACAGCUGGUUUAAAGCCAAGUUUUGAAGAACUCUGGAUCAAGUGAAUGUCACGUGACCUCCAGCGAAAUAACACGUAUGUGCUCGGAGAACGAAAACAUUUUUUCUUCCUGACAUUUACGCAGAUCAGAGCUUUGACUCCAUAGUUUGGGAUUUGCUUUGAGGCAAAAAAAAAAACCUAAAGAGCAUUUUUUGUACCAUUUUAAAAACUAGAGAUUUUUUUUUUCCAUCCCUGCCUGCAAGCUUGUGCACUGUACCUGUGUGUCAGUAGACUGUCUCGUCAUCAGUUUGUAUGAUAACCUGUAUAGCUUUGUUGUGAGGGACCUAUUUUUUAUUUGAUGUAAUAUUAAACGAAAGUACAACACGUGGACUAAUAUGGUCAUUAUAACAAGCGUUGUGUAUAAAACUGUUCCGUCUCUGGUCACAGCACUAUAUAUCAGCUAAAGUGAGGGCAGGUGUUUUGAGCCUUGGCAUGAACUCAGUCAGUGCUUCGUAAUGUAUAACUACAAGGUACAUAUACUGUAUGUACCUGUGUCUGUAAAGGAGAAAACUGUUCUCAUAUUGAUUCAAUGUAUGUUCCCUGAGGAGCUUGUUCUGGCAUUAUUACACAAGCUUUUUAUUUCUCUUCCACGUGUUCUCUGAUGUACUGUUUGGAUUUGUCUUUUUUGUAUAAAAAUCACCCACCAAGAGCAGCUGCCUGAUGAGUUCAGGACACCUGUUGGCCGAAAGCAGGGUGAACCACCUGAAACAAGAACAAGAUGUUUUUUAAAAGCUUUUGACAUUAAAUGUAAAUUACAGAAAGAACUGAGUGCAUAUAUGAAGAUUUCUUCUUAUCCUGCUUCAUUCCUGUUACCAGACCACCUUGCUCUCUUGUUUCUGGAUGCUCUUAACUGUUUUUAUUGGGUGAAACUCAGAAACGUCCGUGUACAGCCUGAGUGACAACCCAUUUACGAAAUAAAAAUGGUUUCCGAGUCUUAA